CAAUUCCCCUCCCCUCCGCGCCGGGCAGGACAGCAGGCAGGCGGCUGCCGAGCGCCUGGGCGCCUUUGUAGCGGUGCCGUCGCUUCCCCGGCCUGCCGAGCGCGCCGCGAUGCUGCGCCCUCGGACGCCGCGCUCGGAGCAGCACUGACGGCGCGCACCAUGAAGGAGCUGCCCGGCGCCUCGCUGCAGAAGGCUUGCCGCCUGCUGGUCAUCUUCUGCGUCCUCCACCUCCUGGCCGUCGUCCUCUACUGCUUGGCCGGCAGCACGCUCAGCUUCCAGUGGAGCCUGGAAGCGGCGGCGCCCCGCGGCCCGGCGCCCUCUCGGAAGGACCCCGCGGCCCCGGCGCCCAAUGCCUCCAAGCCGGACGCCUCUUGCCCCGAGCCUUCUCCGCAUCUGGUUGGCCCUUUGCGUGUGGAGUUUUCGCUGACUGUGGAUUUGAAGAAAGUGGCAGAGGACAACCCAGAAGUCAGGGAAGGAGGACGCUACGCCCCAAAGGAAUGCAGAGCGCUUCAGAAAGUGGCGCUUAUCAUCCCGUUCAGAAAUCGAGAUGAACACUUGAAAUACUGGCUGUAUUAUCUUCAUCCAAUCCUUCAAAGGCAGCAGCUUGAUUAUGGUAUAUAUGUAAUUAACCAGGGUGGAGAAGCAACAUUUAACCGGGCAAAGCUUCUGAACAUAGGCUUCACAGAAGCUUUGAAAGAAUACGAUUAUGACUGCUUUGUAUUCAGCGACGUUGACCUAAUUCCUAUGGAUGACAGAAAUAUAUACAAGUGUUACAGUCAGCCCAGGCACCUCUCUGUGUCGAUGGAUAAAUUUGGAUUCCGCUUGCCUUACAAUCAGUAUUUUGGAGGAGUGUCUGCUUUGAGCAAGGAGCAGUUCCAAAAAAUCAAUGGCUUUCCCAAUAAUUAUUGGGGCUGGGGUGGUGAAGAUGAUGACAUUUAUAACAGGAUUGUUUUCAAAGGCAUGAGAAUCUCCCGCCCAGAUGCUGCAAUUGGGAAAUGUCGGAUGAUUCGCCAUUCGAGAGACAACAAAAAUGAGCCCAACCCACAGAGGUUCAACAAAAUUGCUCACACAAGGGAGACGAUGAACUCUGAUGGCUUAAACACUCUGAAAUACACAGUAGAAAGAACUGAGAAAUUCCCAUUGUAUACAAAAAUCACAGUGGAUAUAGGAUCACCAAAAAGCUAGCAUGCCAGAGGUGCAACAGAAGACUUGGAGAACCCUAAACGGGGGCUGCUCAUCCUAUCAGAAUUUUAUCCCUGCUGUUUUAUUACAAUCAACAUGAAAAAAAGGAUGCCUUAUUUUGCCAUUCUGAGGCCUUUCAGUUGGAUGGACAAUUAAGAAUUUUAAUCUCAAAACUCUUGCUAUGUGUUUAAAGUUUUAAAGUUUGGAACUGUUUGUAGGAGUUCAUAAAUAUGUCAAUUUUUCAGGGAAUAGUAGUGACAUAUGGGCAAAAUCCACUGGGAAGUUUUGCUGUGCUAGCCCCAUAAGAAGGUCUGAAAGUUGCCUGAAGGCACCAUCCAUCCAUUCAUGUGGUUCCUCUGUGCCUCACUGGGGCUUGCGCAAGAGAUUUGCAUUGUGGACGGUGCCCAUUGCUUACUGCAAUGUUCUCCGCUAUAAAUAGCAGCAGCACAAACUUGGGAAAUACUUCUGCUUUAAAAUGGAUGGUGUAUUAUGCAAUUAUGGGCCAUUUCCCCCCAUUCAAUUUUAAAAUUGGGUAAUAUUUAUGAAAAUUCAGUGCUGUGGUUACCGUAUGAAGGACUGGAAAAUGCUGCUAAAAUUGUUUUUGAGUUUACCUCUUUUGAUACAGCUCCCCAUUCUUGCAGACAGGAUUGUUCUUGUCUUCAUAGCUAUUGAAACACCUAAAAAGAAAAAAGAGGGAAGAGAAAUAGGAUUAUCAAAAAAGGGGGGGCUUUGAUUCUGUUCUGCUGGCAGAGGGAAUUUUAAUAUCUUGGCUCUCUUUUUCCUGAAAAGUGUCUUUGCGUGACAAAAAUAUUUAGGCUCUGACUCUGAGAGCAAAGUUCUCAACCCAGUUAUCUGUUUGACGUGGGUUUCUGUCCACCACAGGGAAAAAGCACAGUGAACUGGAUCCGAAUGGAUCUUUCUAGCCUCCUUGAAGUUGAUCUUGAAGUUCUCCUUCUGUCUUGGGGCAAACUGAAUGGUUAGAGAGAUCCCAAUACGCAUGCUAUAGUCCGGAGAUCAUGCAGUGCUUUCUCCCUGCAGUGAGGGAAAGAGGUAGGGGGCAGAAUGCAAGCCUGAGACUUGGGGCCAAACAUAUGAGUUGUGGCCCAUGGACACACAAAAAGCAUUCCACGUGCAUUUUGCCCUGUUAAAAAUUCACUUGCUUACCUGAGUCAGUCCAUCUGUGUGUUGUGUUAGCAUUCCUCUUGUGAGCACACUCAGCCUCUUCUUGAUCACUGGCAAACUACUGCCACACUUGAAUGAAUGGGCCAGGUAUUGCUCAAGGUAAGUGCUUCUCAAAGCCUGAGGAGCACUGCCUUGUGUAUUGGAAGGUCAGGCAACAUUCACUGUGCUUCCCAGUUUGCGGUAUGGGCUUGCCUCUAGAAGCACGCAAAGUAGCAGUGUGUGCAGCGCAGCCAAAGAUUUCGCAAGCCAACAAAGCCCAUUUCCAUUUGUAAGGCAGCGGCACCUAUACAAAUAGGUAGGAUUUCAGGGAAGGCGCAGCAAUAGAUGGACUAAGGACCUGGGGUUCACUAAAUAAACAGAAACUCUAUGAAAGCACCUUAUUAAGCAGCGAGUAGGAAUUUGCCACUCUUUGGGGGGGCGGGGGGAGGUUGGCUGCACUAUGCAGCUUGGGUCUAGGCUGCUUCUGUAGUCUGUAGCAGUGGAUGAACCAAUCACUUGUGGUGUAACUCCCUGGCUUGAGGUCAGUGGGCCUACAAAGCGUCAUUGUCAAUGAUGCCUGUAAGUCCUUGACAUUGGGGGGUUUGGAAUGACUUGCAUAAGUACCAUUUCUUGAUUGCCUUAUGCGUGUAUGCUGAAUUUCAUAUUCCUUUUUUACUGUUACAAUGCAAUCUGUUUCUCACUGAGGAAUGGCAAAAGGUCUGUAAUUCUGGGUUCAUAAGGUAGCCUCUCUUUUUUUAAAAAAAAAAAUAUUUUGUCAGAUACGUUUACUAUUCUAAGGACUAAAUACUGUAUAAAUGUCAAACAAAAAAAAUUAUUUUCUUUCUUGCAAUGUUGUAUGUUAAAACGUGAAAUUCGCUGUUUUUAAUUUUUGCAACAUGUUAUUGAAAAGUUUGCAGGGGGUUGUAUAUAAAACCUAAUAGCAUGUUAACACCAUCAAUACAAGCUGCAGGCAAAGUCACAUUUAAACCAGACUAAAAAGGGGGUUUGUGCACUUUGAUUUGUAUAAACCAUCCUUGUGGUGCUGGUGUGCUCCUUAAAAAGGUGGCCUUUUUAGUAUAUUGCUUGAGGAGAUAAAGACAUCUCCUAAAAUAUUUUUGUGAAUUCUCAAAAUGUCCGUCUGGAUGCCUUUGAAACUCAGGUCCUGUUUGGAUGUUGUGUUUUCUCCCUGCUCUCUCUGUACUGUCUGUGUGGAGAGGUGACACGAUUGCAGUGCUGUUAGGUUACAAAAUUUAGAAUCAUAGGCUCAGAUUCUGACAUUCUGGAAGAAGUAUCUAGUUCCCACUGGGUCCUGUGAAUGCUUUUGAGCACGCCAGGACCCAGUGGCGUAGCGUGGGGGGUGCAGGGGGGGCCGGCCAGCAUCUGGGGGUUAGGGUUACAGGGCGCAAAUCCACGGGUUAGGGGGCGCAAAUUACUUGCCUUGCCCCGGGUGCUGACAACCCACGCUAUGCCACUGACAGGACCUUCUUAGGACUCCAUAAAUGAAUGAGGAUGGGCUUUAACUUUAGCUUUCUGCUGCACAGCCUCCUAUUUCUGUGGAGGCACAUAAGUCAAUUCACCUCAUUUUAUGCCUUGUAUAUAGAAGCAUAAACAAGGCAGAGACUUGCGAGACCUUAUAAAGACCAACAAUUUUUAUUAUGCCAAUAAGCUUCUUGUGGAGAGCUUCAUCGGAUGCAUGAAGUAUAAUUCUGAAUUGGCAAGCAGUUUCCACGUUCCUCAGCAAUCUCCCAGUAUCUCCUCGGGCGACAGCAGCAGUCGCUGCUGGAAUACUCACUGUUCCUCACGUCCAACCUAGUUUUAAAAGGAUGGGGCCCUUAACCUGCUUUCCUGCCCUCUUGUAACCUUUGGACUUUUCCAUUCCACUUCCUCAGCUGUGUUGCCAAAGGAAAGCUACCCACAAAUCAUCUAGUCUUGGACAAAUUGAGAUGGAGAUCUGCUGCUGUCACUAUAAGUUCUGCUGCUGCGGGAAGAAAAUAUGCUGGUGGAAUUCUGUUCUGCAAAGCCAACUUGCCUGUGCUUGGAGACUGAUCCUCUGCUCUGCAGUCAUCUACCACGCUUCUCCAACUCAUCCUCUUGCACUGAGGCUAUUCAGCCAUGUGAGGAACAGCAACCAUUCUUUGCUGGCUGCGGCUGAUGGGAGUUGUAGUCCAAAAUAGCUGGAAGGAAAAUAUUAUGGGCUUCUCUCCUCCCUCACCCCAAAUCUCCAUGGCUCCUCUCUCACUCUGUAAAUCACAAAAAGAAGUGAAUAUCUAAACCAGGCAACCUUGCCUUUACUCAAGAGCAGGAUCCCCCUGGUCAUUUGAGAGAAUCUUUUUUCAAGAUUAAAUAUCUCUGAGGGGAUCUCAUGCGUAGUCAUUAAUUUCUCUUCACAGUGAGAAGAGUUGAGGAAAGGAGGGUACAACCCUGUUCUAUGGAGAAUGUUGUUCAAACAGGUCCUGAGUUUCCUAACUUGAAGAGGUUUUGACUUAUUCUAAUUGGAUAAUUAAGGGGGGGAGGAAUACAAAGAAUUGAGCCCUUUUUUAUUUAGCUGGUAAUGUGUGUGUGUCUUUCUUUCAUUCAUGCAUGUUGGGUUUAACUUCUUUAUUUAUUUCAACAUACUGAGCCAAAUGCUUAGCCUUUUACUAUUGGGCGUGUGGGAAGAGGGCAGAACAACUAUAUAUCUGUAAUUGGAAGUGUAUGUCUUCCUCUCGUUUUAAAUAUGCUCACUUGUGUUUGGAGUUGACUGCGAACACUCUGGAAUGUGCCUUAAUUAAGAAGUAACCAGGGAUUUAUUUUUUUUAAGUCAAUCAAACGUUAGGUGCAUUUUGAACCAAUAUGUCUGUUCAGGUAUUUCUUAUAGUGGGCAUACAUCUUGUUAUAGUAAUUGACUUGGGUUGUUCUACAACCCUUUCACCUAAGUAUUUGGGGAGGAAUCCAUACUGUGCAUGGAGCAUUUCCCUGAACCCUGAUAGCAAGCAGCCCCAGAAGAAAUGAGUGGGCUGGGGUCAGUUAGGGAAGCAAGAGUAUUGAAUGCACACACUAGCACCACAGCCUAGCUCAGACAUACUUUUUCUUUGCAGUGGUGGUGCAGUGCACCCAUAUAUACCCAAGACAUUUGCAUCCGCACCAUACAUUCAAAGCACCAUUACACUACUUGGAACAGACGGGGAGAACCCCAAGAACUGUAUCAGAGAAUCAGAAAAUUGUAGAGUUGGAAGGGACUCCGGGGAUAAUCUUGUCCAACCCCCUGCGAUGCAAGUCCGCAGCUCUCCCAUACGGGGAUCGAACCUGCAAUCUUGGCGUCAUCAGAACCACGCUCUAACCAAACUGAACUAUCCAGGCUGACUGUAGUUCAAGGGUUUGGGGAAACUAGCUCUGUGAGGCCAGCACCCUUCACAAAACUACAGUUCCCAGUCCAUGUCUGUUAAAGAGGUAUGAUACUAUUUUAAAUGUAUGGUGUGAAUAUGGUAUCGUUUAUGAGGAAGAAAUACCAGUAAUUCACUUUCCAAGUAAUAUGAACCAGGCCUUGGAACCUAGCUGUAUGCAUCAGUAUGGUGGGUUUUUUAAAAGUUAUGGAAAAUAGUGCCUCCCUAUUAUUUUAAUGUAUCCAGUAGUUAAGGAAACUAAAAAAAAACCAACCAACCCAUGCCUUUUGUUGAAAUAACCAGUCUUUUAGCUCUGCGAGAGCUACUGGGAUGCCCACCCUCCAGAUAUAAAAUUGCUCUUUCUGGAAAUUUCUAGUCUUUCUUCCUCAGAAAGCAGGUAUGUAGGUUACAUAUUGCAAGCUGGAAACACAAUAGUUUUUAAGAGACUUAAAUAUUAAGCACAUAAGAAGGAUCGUGCUGGAUCAGGCCAGUGGUUCAUCUAGUGCAGUAUCCUGCGCUCACAGGAUACGUGUGGGGAAAAACUAAAGCAUGUUGUUUGCGAAACACUUUGCUUCCCACAGCAUAAGCACAUAUUCUUUUUGUCCCACUGUUCUACCUGCUUAGGUCAGUUUUUUGGGGUUUGGGGAGUGAUAGAGGCACCCACCCCCCCAAAAAAAAUUUAAAGCAUGGUAAAAUUGGGCAGAGCAUGCACACACCUCUUUCACACUGCCUUUAACUCUCAGAAUAAAUUGCCAUCUCUCUCCGGCUUCACUGGACUUUGGAAGGCAUUUAAAAACCCUGUCCAAAUCUGGUCUAGGAUGUCGUUAGGGGGAGUGGGCACAUUCGUACUAUGCAAGCAACUUUUAAGUUGCACAUCAUAAAUAGCUUUGUUGUGUGUUUUUUUCUUAUUUGUGUGAAGAUCGGGGGGGGGGGUCAUAGAAACCACAUUGAAUUACCUGAGAAUACGUUUUAGCGCUCUCAGCUUCAAAGGUUUUGACGAAAGUGCCUUUAAAAUAUGUUCAUAGCAAGGGGGGGCGUGGCAGGGGGAGGAAUUGCUCCACAGAGCAGCAUUUGAUAAAUUAGCAUUGCUGUGGCUUGGUGACUUAUUUUUUUGCAAGAAACUACAUUAAAGACAUUGUAAACAAUAAAAGUUGGUGUUUUUAAUU